GGGUUGAAGAAUAAUGUAAUUGCGGCGGCGCCAAGGCCCAUGACGAACACGCUCCGGACCCAUCACCAGCUAAGUUAAGCCCACCCGACCACGUCUCUCUCUCUCUCUACUCAUGGGCCGACUGCGCUGUCCGUAGCCCUUUCUGACCUUACACCCGCCUAUGUCGCCCUCGGAGCCACCACACGAGUCCUCGCCCGGCCCGCCCGUAUCUCCCCAUCGCGACAGCGACGGUGAUGCCGUCCAUCCCGAUCCCCGCGCCGCCGCCGCCAUGCCCAUGAGCCCGGCCCCGGCGGCAGACCCAGCUUCAUCUGCAGAAUCCGCUCCUCCCGCUGCCCAACUCGAGUCCCUCUCGCUCGCCGAACUCUCGUCCAAGGAACGGGCGCCGUCACCUCCCCCAACCCCACCAGCAAAGGACAACGCGUUUCCCCCAGCCGGGUCAAACGCAGACACCCGCUCCCAUCCUUCUGCCGUUUCGCCCCAGCAGCGAGAUCCUGCUAUUGCUCCUCAGGAUGCCGACGCCGUCGACUUCGACGAGAAGGGUGACUACUCAGGGGCCGCCGGUACUCCCAACGCCGAGGAUGAUUCGAGGACGGAAAUUCAGACUAUAAUGGACCAGUUCAGCGAGGGAGUCGAGGGUCCCGGUAUGGAUGAAAUCAUGUCUCCGCGUCUCGAGAAAGCCACACCCACCGUUAGCUCCUCGACUUCACAUCCUCCUCGGAAAUCGAGCCUGGCUAUUAUCGAAGGCGACUUCUCAGUCCCGGAGUCAAGCUCCUCCGCCCAGAGCGAGGCUCCUCAGGCCCCUCCACCGCGGACUUCCUCGUUGCACGCGCGCACUCUUUCCACCGCCACGGCAAAGGAGAAAGCACCGGCACCUGGUCCCGUGAGUCCACUCCCUCCCUCUUCCCUUUACAAGCCACCACCUCCUGAACCGGAUCCUGAACCGGAUCUUCCCUUCGACUUCCACCGGUUUCUGGAGCAGCUGCGUCACCGGACAGCAGAUCCUGUGGCAAAAUUCCUUCGGUCGUUUUUGCUUGAGUUUGGGAAGAAACAGUGGAUGGUGCAUGAACAGGUCAAGAUCAUAAGCGAUUUCCUGGAAUUUAUCAGCAAAAAGAUGGCGCAAUGUGACAUCUGGCGAACUGUUUCCGAUGCCGAAUUUGAUAACGCAAGGGAAGGUAUGGAGAAGUUAGUCAUGAACAGGCUGUACACCCAAACGUUUUCCCCGGCCAUACCUCCACCGGAGCCGAUGCUGGGCAGAAACAGAAGAAGACCGGGACAGCAUCCUAUGGGCCCGGGCAGGAGAGGUCAGCAUCAGGAAGAUGUAGAGAGAGACGAGGUUUUGGCGCAGAAAGUGCGGAUUUACAGCUGGGUCAGAGAGGAGCAUCUUGACAUAAAACCUGUAAAUGUGAAAGGGAUGAAGUUCUUGAAGCUGGCGCAACAAGAACUGCUCAAGAUCAGGAAUUAUCGCGCCCCAAGAGACAAGGUGAUUUGCAUACUCAACUGCUGCAAAGUUAUUUUCGGUUUUUUGCGAAAUGCACAGUCGGAUCAAUCUGCAGAUUCGUUUAUACCCUUGCUCAUAUUCACGGUUCUAAGAGCCAAUCCCGAUCACCUUGUCUCCAAUGUGCAGUACAUACUUCGCUUCCGUAACCAGGAGAAACUCGGAGGUGAAGCCGGAUAUUAUAUCUCUUCACUGAUGGGUGCUAUCCAAUUCAUUGAGAACCUUGAUCGCACUAGCCUCACGAUUAGCGACGAAGAGUUUGAAAAGAACGUCGAAGCAGCCGUGUCGGCAAUCGCAGAAAGAAAUUCUCUCGACGAGCCCCGCCAACAGCAACCCUCCCGCCACCCUUCCCCUCACAUGCACGUGUCUGAAAAGUCCGCCAUAAGUAGGCCAGAAGUAACGCCCCGCAACUCCCUCGACGCUGAGCGAGCAACCCCCAGAGCGUCAUCCUCUGGUCGGACCGGCGUCAGCUCAAGCAGCGGCUCAGCAGACGGCGAAGAGGAAAACGCCGCCGUCGCCGGCCUGCUGCGAACCAUACAACGCCCGCUGUCGACCAUCGGCCGCAUCUUCUCGGACGAUGGCAUGUCGGAGAAGCCGCAGAGCCAACAGCCCAUUUCCACGCCCCAGCCGGGCAGCACGCCGCGCCUGUCGCCCAUGCCACGCGGGAGCAGCGAGGAAGCCCGCCGUGCUUCCGAGAGGAGGAGUUUCGAGCGCCAGCGCCAGAUGAUGAGUGCCGAGGACGCUGCGGCCCGGCAGGCUAGUGCUGAGGCUGAAGAGGCGCGCAAGAUUCAGCGCCAGGAACACCAGGUUGUCGUAGAGACGUUGGCUGGCAUGUUUCCGGACUUGGAUCGGGACGUCAUUGACGAUGUUGUUCGCCUCAAAGAGGGACGGGUGGGCCUUGCUGUUGAUGCGUGUCUGGCCCUAAGCAACUAGACAGACGUCAUUGGAGGCGGCGUUGUCAAGCAUGUUCGUGGUGGUGGGCGUUCAGGGACAUUGGUCAAACAUGCAUGCAUGCAUUGGAUGGCAAGUACAGCGUCAUUCCCUAAAAUUACAUGGUAUAACAGUCUAGCUAGCCAGGGUAUCGUAGUGUGCAAGCACGGGGUGGAAGCAUCAAUGUCUCAUCGCUCGGAAUGUAUUUCGUGCACAUGAAUGGUUUCGCCCGAAAGCCAAUCGUCGGCUAAAAAAAAAGAAAAGAAAAGGUCGUCAGAGAGCAAAUGAAGAGGCGUCUCGCGCUUGCUUGAGCUGAGCAUGGCCUUCCGGCUGAAAAAAAUGAAAUACACAGACAUCUUUGGGCGCCAAAAUGAUGUAACGGUGACUUUUCGUAGAACGCCGGAACUCGUAGAUCAUCUUUCAAAGCUUUUGAAACAACAGCGAUAGGGUAUUUACGAACCACAUGAAAAACAAAGAAACGAGGAGAAACGUAG